AAAAUGCACAACAAAAUAUUUAAUUUAGAAAAUUGAGCAACUUCAGUUGCUAUCCGAACGUCGGCGCGCAAAGUGAAAAAGUAGAAGAGCAGGCAAACAAUUGCUGUCUGGAGAUCUAGCGAAAGUUUGCAGUGUCAACAUCAAAAAAAAUCUUUUGUACCAGAAAGCCAUAUACAUUAUUCGCACAAAAAAAUGAGUGCCGACGAGAAGACUACUCUCUUACACUACAACGAUUUUGGUGCUUGUCAUCAUGGCAAUCAUGUCGUACAUAUCCCCAAGGACUACGAACCCAUUUUCUCUAUUGAUGAUUUCUGCUGUGGAUUGACUUUGGAAGAAUUACUUCCGUAUAAAGAUGAUCCUUGGUGGCAGAAAGUACGUCGUACACUAUUCUGCACUUUCUGGCUUAUAUUGUUGUUAACAUUUUUUACCGCUUGUCUAUUGUCUUACAUGCAAUUUGCAGCAGGAAAAGCUGGAAGUACCUGCAGAAUGUCUACACUACAUAAUACCACAAGUGGUUCUAUUGGGUUACUUAGUAAGGUUGCGGCGGUUACUUUGGAGACCAGUGCACUUAAAAUGUUACCUUGACUGAUGAGGUGGAAUGAUCCGCAUGUGCCUCCCAUGGAGUGCAAAAUGCAAACUCUUUUUUAGAUCUAAGUUUCGAAACAAAUUUUAAUUAUACAAUUAUAUAGCUAUAAGAGAAAAUAUAUUUAAUAAGGAAAA